AUGGCGACCAGCCGUCCGGACGUUCUGGACCCUGCUCUCCUACGCCCUGGGCGUCUGGAUCGCAAGAUUGAAAUCCCUCUUCCUAACGUGCAAGCGAGGCUGCAAAUCCUCAAGAUACAUGCAGCUGGGAUGGCCAAGCACGGUGAAUUCAACUACGAAGCUGCUGCCAAGCUAGCAGAGGGAUUCAACGCCGCUGACAUGCGCAACAUCUGCACAGAGGCCGGCAUGCGGGCGAUCCGAGCGGUGCGUGAAUACGCCAUCAACGAAGACUUCAUGAAGCGGGUGAGGAAGCUGACGGAGUUGAAGAAGCUCGAGUCCAGCGCCAACUACAAGGCGGACUUCAGCAGGGGGUAG